AUGACCGGAGUGGAUUUUUCUAUGUGGAUGGGCAGGCCGCCGCCUCGAGAUGGAGACAGCAACAUGCACGAAGCGGAAGAGGGUGAAGAGGGUGAAGAGGGAAGAUCCUUGCAAAGCAAGACCGAUUUGAUUUCUCCACAACCAGAAAAUGUUCUCGAAGACUUGAGCACCCCUUCAACAUCACGGAGCCAAGCACAUAACAAAUCAGACGCUCGAACACCUUCGUCUCAGAUCAAUCCCGUCAACGGUUUCUAUAUCGACAUUCCACAUCUGUCAGAGAAGGGAGAAUAUGAACACUUGCCUGGUUACUUUACCGUUCAAAGAAUACUUCGCGAGGUUAAGCCUGGCCAAUAUCUUGUCAAGCUUAGGAGCGGAGAGACUGAUCUGCUUUCUCGCGUGGAACUCCACAAAUUUACCAAUUCUUCUGUUGCCUUGAAGCAAUUCCUCUCUUCAAGAAUGGCGUCCAGCAGUCGCAGAACUACACGUAGACCUCAAGCCACAGGAUUUGUCAACUGGGCCUCUCUCGAACUCUCAGAGUCUGAAGAUGUAUCGCCUCGCAAAUUUGGUCAGAGAGCAAGGCGGCGUGUACCGCAGGAAUCCGAUGAGUCCGUCGGCUCCGAACGCGAACCACAGUCUUCCGCCAACGAACAAACCUCUGAGUCAGAACGCUCUCAACCCUUGGGCCGCCGCUCACUACGUCUCACCAUGAAAAAGGAGAACGGCUUGAGUGGGAAUAAUGCUAGAGGUGACUCCAGUGCUGAUUCGCUCAAUUAUCAAUCGUCUAAAAGAAGAAAAACCCAACCAAAGAACGAUAUUCGGCAGAGCAAACGAGGUCUACGGUCAAUGUCUAAGACGCGGGAGGCUGCUGCCCCCCAAGUUUCAUCCGGAGCGCGUCGUUCUGAAAGGACUAGAACUCAGCCUCGUCGAAGCAUGCGGGAAAGGCACGAGGAUGAGAUAUCAGCAUACUCAGAAGAAGAGAUCGGCCCGAAGGUUGUUGCUACGAAGGAGUAUUUCGAACGACUGCCGCUUGAUGAUGAGUUUCGCAAUCGUCAUAGGGAGCGGUGUGAAACAUGCGGCAUCGAUGGCGAUACUUCAGAAAAGGGCCCUUUGGUUUUCUGUCAAGGCUGCUCAAGCUCCUACCACAAAGUUUGCUUAGGAAAUCGGGGCACUCGAGAACAUCUUGUCACAAAAGUAGGUGAGGGACAUUUCGUCCUACAGUGUCGCCGCUGUCUUGGCAUGGCGCAACACAAAGAUCCAAGUGCGCCUCAUCAUGGGCUCUGCUCUCUUUGUCGAGAGGCCGGGGCAGCCUCAAGGCCCUUCAGACCCCGCUUGACCACCCGUGAGGAACAGCUGCGUCGCGAAGAACAUGGCGGCGUUGACCCGAUAACCGAAGUAGACCCGAGUCUGAUCAAUUCAUCCACAAAUGUCAUGUUCCGUUGCGCGAACUGUCAACAAGCAUGGCAUCCGCAUCAUCUCCCUGGGAGAGAACAUGCUCAACAAGAUGAGGAGGAGGCUGCGCUAGACGAGCAAGGACUUGCCGACCUACGCUUUGAUUACUACUCGCGCAGUUGGACCUGCAAAGAGUGCAUUGAACACAAUUCCCAAAUAGACGCUUUGGUAGCUUGGAGACCUGCUGACUUGGAGAAGUACAUCCCUGGCUCGACUCUAGACAUGAUCGAAGAAUCCCAGAAGGAGUACUUGAUCAAGUGGAAAGGCCAGUCUUACUUUCAGACAACAUGGAUGCCUGGUGCCUGGGUGUGGGGGGUGGCCGCUUCAGCAAUGCGUGUCGCUUUCAUGAAAAAGCCAGAAAACCAAAUGCCAAAGAUGACGACAGAGGAUGCUAUACCGGAGGACUGGCUGAGAGUUGACAUCGUGUUCGAUGUAGUCUACACCAGCGUUGUCACGAAUCGUACUAAGGAAAUCGACUUUGCUCGUGCCAAAGAAGUGGAUUCAGCGUACGUCAAGUACAAAGGUCUAGGAUAUGAAGAUGCCAUCUGGGAAAAACCUCCAAGCUAUGAGGAAAAGGAGCGAUGGGCAGACUUCAAGACUGCUUAUGAGGACUGGGUGAUGAAGGACUAUAUUCAUACACCGGUGCCGAAAACAUUGCGAAGACAUCUUCAGCUUGUGAGGACUAAAGACUUCGAAUCCGACCUACUGAAGGAGACCCAACCAACAACGGUGACGGGCGGCCAGCUGAUGGACUAUCAAGUCGAAGGCAUGAAUUGGCUUUACUAUCAGUGGUACAAGAGUCAGAACUGCAUCCUGGCUGACGAGAUGGGUCUCGGCAAAACCAUUCAGAUCAUUGCAUACUUUGCCCUGAUGGUGCAAGACCACAAGUGCUGGCCUUUUCUCGUCGUUGUUCCUAAUUCGACAUGUCCAAACUGGCGACGUGAGAUCAAAAAGUGGGCACCAUCUCUUCGUGCUGUGACAUACUUCGGCAGCUCUGUUGCUCGGAAGCUUGCUCAGGAUUAUGAACUGUUUCCGAAGGACGAGGAAGAAAAGGAGCGCAAAAAGCUAACAGCCCACGACAGAAGCCAGCCCAAGGACUUGCGGGCACAUAUCGUGAUUGCUUCAUAUGAAUCCGUGGUGGAGGAGAAGGCUCGCCAGAACUUGCAGAAGGUCGCUUGGGCUGGUCUCAUUGUGGAUGAAGGACAGCGCUUGAAAAACGAGAAAAACCUUCUCUAUGAUAACCUCUCGAAGAUGAAAUUCCCCUUUAAAGUCCUGCUUACUGGUACGCCGCUGCAGAACAACGCGAGAGAGCUUUUUAACCUCCUGCAAUUUCUUGACCCGAAGAUCAACGCAGCUGCAAUGGAUGCGAAGUAUGAGACAUUGACAAAGGAAAAUGUGCCAGAGCUGCACGAGUUGAUCCGUCCCUUCUUCCUUCGCCGAACUAAAGCCCAGGUUCUCACGUUCUUGCCGCCUAUGGCGCAGAUAAUUUUGCCUGUCACAAUGUCGGUGGUACAAAAGAAGCUCUACAAGUCUAUUUUGGCAAAGAAUCCUCAGCUCAUGAAGUCGAUUUUCAGCCGGGAUGGGAAUAUUGCGCAGAAAGAGCGUGUCAACCUUAACAAUAUCCUUAUGCAGCUUCGAAAGACUCUGUGUCAUCCGUUUGUAUACAAUCGGAAGAUUGAGGAGAGGAGCUACGAACUAGCCGUCUCUCAUCGUAACUUGGUUGAAGCGUCAUCGAAGCUACAACUCUUAGAGUUGAUGCUCCCGAAACUACAAGAGCGUGGUCACAGAGUACUCAUAUUCAGUCAAUUCCUAGACAACCUCGAUAUCGUGGAAGACUUUUUGGAUGGGCUUGGGCUGCAGCAUCGCCGACUAGAUGGCAGCAUAAAUUCCCUCGAGAAGCAGAAACGAAUUGAUGACUUCAAUGCUCCAGACUCGCCCUACUUUGCCUUUUUACUCUCUACGCGUUCUGGUGGGGUUGGCAUCAACCUGGCUUCUGCCGAUACUGUUAUCAUCAUGGAUCCAGAUUUCAACCCUCACCAGGAUAUUCAAGCACUUUCCCGCGCGCAUCGAAUUGGUCAGAAGAACAAAGUGCUGGUUUUCCAGAUUAUGACCCGUGGUAGCGCAGAGGAGAAGAUUAUGCAAAUAGGCAAGAAAAAGAUGGUUCUCGACCACGUCUUGAUCCAGCAAAUGGACCAGGAGGAUGAUGCCGGCAUGGACCUCGAGUCUAUCCUUAGACAUGGAGCCGCAGCACUGUUCGAUGACGACAACACCGGAGAUAUAGUCUAUGAUUCUGCUUCAGUGGACAAACUCUUGGAUCGGUCUCAAAUAGAGAGUACGAACGUCGGCGAUGAUAAAUCCGCAGAAUCACAAUUCAGUUUCGCCAGGGUAUGGGCAAAUGACAAAGCCGCCUUAGAGGACAAUUUGGGUGAAUCGGAAGCUGCAACGCCUGCAGAUACCACGGUAUGGGACAAGAUUCUCAAAGAACGUGAGAGGAUGUAUGCCGAAGAGGCUGCUGCACGAGCCGAGACAUUUGGACGGGGGAAGCGUAAGCGAAAUGCCGUGGACUACCAAGCGCAAGAGACUCUGGACACAGAGCUCAACACGUCACCCUUCAAGGCUCGAAAUGACGGCAGCGACACGGACUUCCAGGCCAAUGGCGCUGAGAGCGAUGCUGGUAACGAUAGCACUCCGGCCGAGGAGACAGAUGUUCCAAGUAAGGAGGGGACUGGCCCCAUGAAAGCUGCACCGAAGCAACCGAAGAUCAAAGCGCGACCUUUUAGGCGCGUCAAGAUACCCACAGGUAACCCGCCUUAUGUCGAUGCCGAAGGCGCCGCCAAUUACAUCCCCGUCGGCGGACUUCCCCCUAAUCACCUCUGCAUUGCAUGUGGAGAUCUACACCCGAUGGGCUGGUGCAGGUUGAAGCUUGCUGGUGUAGAGCACUGUGGACUGUGUGGUAUUGCUCACCUCGGACACGGCAGAACCUGUCCUCAUCUCAACUCCGAAAUACAAGUUGCGACAUUGCUCGGCACGCUCAAAGAGAGUACCGAAUCUCAUGAACUGAAGGACAAAGCAACGAAAUACCUACGCAUGAUUCGAGGCGAUUUAGUGCAACGGAAAAGAUUCCAAGAGAGAAAGGAUCAGAGGCAGAUCAAACCAGCACCGACAGGCUAUCAGCCACGUAUGGAUCCAACAAUGAUCGACGGUAAUACUGAUGUGGCUCCCCAGGAUCGUGCAGCUGUCAAUGGAGUGAGGGAUCCAGCAGAGGCGUGGAGGAAUGCCUCUGCCUGGUCGCAGGCACUUGGACUAUUUCCUCCUCUGCGACCUGACCACCAGUUUCAGCAGUGA